AUGUCAACUUCGUCCCGACUAGCACCUACAGAUACACCAGCCAGUAGUGCCGUAACCGGUACGACCACACGCGAAGAGGAAGCGGAAUGGGAGCCUCCCAAGAACGGCCCCCUCAAGACACCCAUCACGAGACCUAUGAAAAGUGCACAUCCGAAAAGACCUGCUGCCCUAACACCCGAGCAAGAAGUCAAAUACGCCACGGUACUGGCCAGCGUCUCCCAAUGGCAGAGUCUACCGGCCACCACGCUCAAAGGCGCACCGACAGUGCCCAUACAGGAUCACGAGCGCAUGUGGCUGACACGUGACUGUCUACUCCGCUACCUGCGAGCCGAGAAGUGGCAGACCGCCAAUGCCCUCAGGCGGCUACAGUCGACACUCAGCUGGCGAAGAGAAUUCGGCGCGGACACCUUUACCGCAGACUACAUCUCGGAGGAGAAUGAGACGGGCAAGCAACUGGUCCUCGGCUACGACAUAGAAGCCCGACCAUGCCUCUACCUCAGCCCAGCAAAACAGAACACCAAGAUGUCUGACAAGCAAAUACACCACCUCUGCUUCAUGCUCGACCGGACAAUCGACAUGAUGCCGCCCGGCGUUGAGUCAGCCUGCCUCUUGAUCAACUUCAAGGGUGCUGGAGGCGGUCACACCCCGACUGUCCAGCAAGCACGCAGCGUCCUCAACAUCCUCCAAAAUCACAGCCCGGAGCGGUUAGGCAGGGCGUUAAUCAGCGAUCUGCCGUGGUAUGUCACGACAUUCUUCAAGCUCAUCUCGCCUUUCAUCGAUCCCGUGACGAGAGACAAGAUGCGGUUCAACGAGGACCUGACGAAGCACGUACCCCGGCAACAACUCUGGGACAGUCAUGGUGGCGAUCUGAAAUUCGUGUACGAGCAUGAUAGUUAUUGGCCCGCGCUGGAAGCGGAAUGCAGGAAGCGGCAGGAGGCGAGUCGGCGGCGGUGGGAGCAAGGCGGGAAGCGGGUCGGGGAGUAUGAGGAAUACCUGCGUGGCGGCGAUCAUCCCUCAUUGCAGCAGGUUUUGAAUGCGGCGAAGAAGGAGGUUGGGGUGGAUGGGGGUGGGGAUGAGGCGUUGGUUGGUGAGAAGGAUGCGGAUUUGGUUGCUGCUGGGGUGGGCAAGUUGAGUGUGUAA